AUUGCUAAGGCGUUUCGUAUGCCAACGAUUCUUAACCGUGGCGAUGGCGGUAACAGUCAUACCAUCAUCACUGCUCGUUGUAAUUGUGACGAUGGCAAUUCUGAGUCAGUUUUCAACGCCUGGCAAUGCUUUCGUGAAAAAGCUUCUUGAAACGAAACUCUUAGCAUCCAUGAUGAAGGAGCUGAACAAUCAGCCGUUCUACGACAAAUAUUCCGUGUCCUACUCAGUGCCACCCUUAAAGCUUCUUCCAAUGAAUACGGAUACUGUGGAGACGACCAUGCCAAUACCAUUGAUAACGCGAAUGAAAAUGAUGAAAUCACCAAUGGACAUGUAUCAACUUGAGCACAUCGCCCCUUACUACAAGGCAGCGUAUUCGUAUUUCGAUCAUCCCGCCCAUCAGAACCAUCAUCAUCCAGAUCAUGAGGAACCAGGGAUCACUAGACAUCCCGAUCAUUCCGUUCAGCAUCACCCCCAUAUUGAAGAUCAUCAUUUUGAUCAUGAUCAUGAUGAUGCUGAUGAUGAUGAUGAUAAUGAGCAUGAUCAUCAUUACCAUCACGAUCAUCUUGCCCACUUUUCUGAUCACGAAAUGUACAAGCAAUCGUCGAUGAAUAAUAUGCGAAACAACCUAUACAGUCAGGCAACAGCAGUCAUGAAGACGGGGGCACUGAAGGCCAGGCCGUGGCCCGUUCCUUCGCGGGGACUUAGGAAGACCAAUCUGGAUUUCAAUGAGAAUUUCUCGUUAGCUGAAAUAGAACCGACGAAUAGUGGAUUUGCAAUGAACGCUAUGAAUGGCGAGAUGGGAAACUUUGGGCCAUCUGUGGACGUCCCCAGUACAAUCGAAGGGAGCAUGGACAUUUCUAGAGGUGGAAUAAAAAAUUUAAACACCGCUGUGGAAAAAAUUAAGCAGCUCAAUAAAAAUGAUGACGUAAGUGAGAUUAGCGAGGAGCAGAUGAAACGUCCUAUUACACAAAAUAUGGAAAAAGAUUUUGAAAAUGACGAAAGUAAAAAGAAGAAUAAGAACGAGUCUUUGGCAGAAAUGAAGCCCGCGAAUAUAGACCAACUUAAUAUUAUGAAACCUUUGGAUAUGAUCGCGGUAUCCAGGAAUCUCACGAGAUUGCCAGCAAAAACUAUGAACAAGACGCAGAACCAUGGGAAGAUGGAAUCGAUUUUGUACUCCGAGCUAACCCAAAACCAAGGCAAUCGAGGCAGUGUGUAUUUAUCGGGUGUCCCUCCGAAGAUGAUACUGCCGAGAUACCAUACUCCAAUGUCACCCGUCCAGUUUACGAUGAGGUUGCCAUCCUCACAAAAUGGGGCGAAUGAAGUUGGCCAGAGUCUAGUUGGACGAAUGCGAAAUGCCAUGGGCAACUUUGGGUUGGGCGGUACACGACGGGGUAACUGGAACCAAUUAACUGCUAACAUAGCUAAAUUCCAUGAUAUUAAUCAGGGUACUAUGGGUCAGAGGUUAACUUCUGCCGCUCAAAAAAUUAUGCUCAAACCUCUGAUGAUACCUAACAGCCCACCUGCUAUGAUGGAUAUGUACAACAGCAUGCCCCCAUUCAACCUUGGAAUGCAUCCCGCGAUGGAAGGUAUGCUUCUCGAUGGUGCAGUUGCGUAUCUCAAGCAACCGUCACAACCGCGCCCCAAGGAAGGCCUUCCAGCUUACUUAGGCUCAAUCCAACAGAGCCCAACACAAAUUCGCAACAAACCCCAUCAUUCUGAAAGCAUGGCUUCCCAGCACCAGCAGUUACGUAGGCAAAUGGAGAAGAUAAUGGACGAGUUCACUAGGAGACCAGCCCAUUUUCGGCAGAGUCCUCAUGUGGCUAGUCAGCUUCAGCCUGAGUUAUCUAAUUUCCAUGCCUCUUCUGGUUCCCACACUCGGGUAACGACUGAAUCGGUGCCUUCAAAUCUGAAGCGGCUGCAGAAGAACAAACAGGAAAACGCCGAAAACCAAGUUGCUGAACAGACGUCAGCUUUGACGCUUAAGAAGCAGGAACGAGACAGUGUUUCCGAAGCCAAGGAACCAAUGAAUUCUACGAUUGCUGUAGGAAUCACUGACACUUUUUAGUUAGCUGUUGAUUUGACGCGUAUGAUCGAGUAAGUAUUCGUUGUGACAAGUUUUACAUGUUCUCUUGUAAAUACACAUAACAUUUACUCUGUAUUGAAAAUAAAUAUUUCUGUGAAGAAAUAAAUCAAUCUACUGUUGUGUUAAAUGAUGAAAAUCUUCAUUUAUCGAUGUCGGGAUUAAAUAAUUACUCACUAGUAUAAGUAUCGCUCGUUGAUAACUUCCAAAUGUAAAAGUCCUUUUCCCUUCCAUGUGAAACCAAUGUGAUAUUAUAGUAAAAUUUGCAUAUCACCUCUUUACAGAAACAAAUUUAUAGUUUUAUUUAUUUUAGUUUAAUUAAGAUACACUCAAAAUCUACCCGAAAAAUAGAUUUGAUGUUCGACUUGAUGUACACUGUACGGAUAUGCCCGAGUAAUAAGCUGACGCUCUCAGUGAUAAGAUAAUUGAGCAUGGUCGAUUGUAGAUGGACUGCGAACAACAUACAAUUGCUUGCUUGGCUGAGUUUUUAAAUACGUAUUCAAGUCAGAAACUAAAGGCAAAUUUGGUAAAAAGUAAAAUACCUAUUUGGUCGAUUUUGUGCUCAAUGAGAACGCGCGGAGGCUAUCUGGCCAGCAUGAUCAGAUCCAUUUUUUAUUUCAAUUUUAAACAAUCACGGAAUGUGAAAUCACACAAAAUAGUAUAUAUUUCCCAAAGAGUUAACUAAUAUAGUCUGCACGCAAACCUAUCCAGAUAAAGACGAAAUGAUGAAGCCGAAGAUCAGCAAAUGAAGAAGACAUGGCGAACACGUUCGUCAUCGCCGCGGCAAUUACCAAUAAACGUAAAUAUGUCAUUUUUCUAAUACCACAAUAGAUAACCCAGUACCCAGAGAAAAUGCUUA